AUGACAUCUGUGAUAAUACAAAAACUCAAAAAAGCUCAGCAACAAGGGAAAGAAGAUAAUCGAACUAUACAGAGGUCGAUCGGACGAAAUAUCAGUGAAUUGGAAAGGGAAGAAAAAGAUUUAGAAGAUUUGAUAAGAUCAGCUGCCAGAAGGAACGACAGAGGAGCUUGCGCUAUGUUAGCACAAGAGUUAACUAAAAUUCGUGCUUUAAAGUCCAAAAAUUCUCGUUUUGCAGACCACAUGAACAUUGUGCAGAGAAAACAAACAACUUCGCUGUACGCAGCAAAAUAUGGGGAAUCACUUGAAGCGGCUGCAACUACCAUGAAGAAUUUCAACAAGGUUAUGGACAAAACGAAGGUCCCUGAUCAACUUCAACAGUUCGAUAGGGAAGAAAUUCAAAUGGAUAUGUCUGAAGAUACCUUAGACAUCAUGCUAUCUUCACUGUGCGAAUCUGACGAGGAGGACGUUGAUGAGUACAUAACAAACAUUUUAAGUGAACCACAAGGUCAUGUAUCUAAUGUGUGGCCCUCUGUUCCUGAUACACCUUUAAGAAAGUCCAGUUCCAUCUCCAAAAAAUUUCGUGAUAAUAUAGUUUAA